CCAUUCAAAAGACCGACUCUUUACCUGCGAUCUGCGAUGCUACUUUGCCGACUUUCUUCGUUCUUGUGAUACUCAAGCUCUCAGUUUCCUUGUCAUACUCCAUCUUCACUUGUAAUCAGGUGUCUACUUCUUUCGCGGUUUAAUUGAAAUUUGACCAAGAGGAGUGGACAAUUAAUCAUCUCCCGUCUCUUUGAUCGGAGUUUGAAGUAUGGAGAAUCAAACAAAUUAUCCAUGCCAUGGACUGUUCUCCAGGCGAUUAUCAGCAUUGUACUGCAGAAGAAAGUAGGCCAUGAAACACAAGUGCUGAAAAAUUGGUUGAUACAAAGAAGGGUCUAAGACCUCAAGAUCUUGAGUUAAAAUCUUUCUAGAAGAUUGAUAGUCAAUAUGAACAUUUGGAAGGUGGCGGUCUUGGAUAGUACAACCGGAAUGCUGUCAAAUGCAAAUCUAGAAUCCCUUUUUGCAAAAAGUAUGGUUUGGAGUUAUGCUAUGAAGUGUUGCUCCAGGAAGGCCAUUUAAAGAGGGAUAUGCUUCUCUGUCAAGUGAAAACACCUUGCUGCUUGCCUAGAAAAAGAAAUAUUUUAGAAGCAAGUUUGUAUUAAAUGAACUGGAAAUGUUAAAUCUAUAAAACACUUAGAUUUAAUUUUUACUUUUACUCCCCAGUGUCUCAAACUCUUAGUUAUGUUGUAAAGUGUCCGUGUUUGCUUCUUAGCUAGAUGCAUUAUGUCAACUCAUAUGCAUGGUUCAUUUGAUUUGUUACUUUGUUUCAUAAGUGAUUUUUAUUGAAGAAGAAUCUUCAUGAGAAAUUCUAAUGGCUAAAUGAAAUAAGACAGCACGGGCACACAACAUCUAGUAUGGUGUAAGUGACAAACAAUAUUCAUGCGGAAUUAAUUAAUUUUCAAUCACAAAGUAUACUAUUAUAAAUUUUUAGGGAAAAUAAAGUAGAGGAUUAAAACACUCCACAUAUAUAAAAAAGAAAUCAAAUAUCCCCAAAUACUAUUUAAGGGUAAAGGGAAAUCAAGAGUCGGAUCCCUAAUUUUAUCUGCAGCCCCAUUCUCUCCGGCACCAGCGUUCCACCUCUACCUCCGAUCUUCUCCGAUCAGGUUUUGAACUCAAGGAAAGAAGAUGCAUCCACCUUUGACUCUACAUAGACACCCUUUAUGUGCUGAUAUAAUUGAAGAGUUUCAGAAAUGUCAUACAGACCACCCACUAGGAAAAUUCCUUGGGCAAUGCACAGAACUGAAAGUAAAGCUUGACCGGUGCUUUAGGCAGGAAAAAGCUAUAAAGAGGAAAGCAAAUUUUGAACAGAGCAAGAAGUUGAAAGAGAGGCUCCAAGCUUACAGGAAAGAAACUGCUGACAUGCAAUCUUGAAUCUGAUAAUAGUUAUGUUGACAAGACACUGUUGUGCAAUAUUUCAACACACGAAGGAAAACUUAACGGCUAGGAUUUAUCAGAGAAAGAUUGGUGAAUAGAAUUGUCGUUCGUCUAUUCUGAUGUUUUCGUCAAUCUCCAUUAUUUAAGUUAGUUAAAGUAAAUAAGAUGUAUAGACACAAGAAUUGAUAAAUUACAGGAGCAACUUAUCAGACCAUUCAAUUUUGGUAAAAUGUCAAACAUCAAAAUACUGAAAUAACUGUGUGAACUGAUAGAAUGUUCCUGGUGGGAGGUAGCUAGCCUCUUAAUAUUAGUCGAGGUGCGUGCAAGGUGAUCCAGCACAAACAUAGACCUUGUUUGGAUAUUUUUAGACAAAGCAAAUGUGAAUUGUUCUAA